AUGGCUUCCGUAUACAAGUCUCUGUCAAAAUCUGACAACCCCGCUUCCAAGGAGGAUGCGCUGUCCACUGGUCCCAAGAACCGUCAAAGAGUGCUGAUUCUGUCGUCGCGUGGUAUCACAUACCGCCACCGUCAUCUUCUCAACGACCUCUACUCCCUCCUCCCUCACAGCCGCAAGGACGCAAAACUAGACACAAAGUCAAAACUCUACCAACUCAACGAGCUAGCCGACCUCUACAACUGCAACAAUGUCCUCUUCUUCGAAGCGCGCAAAGGCAAGGAUCUCUACAUCUGGAUGUCCAAGCCCCCGAACGGUCCCACUGUGAAGUUCCACCUCCAAAACCUGCACACCAUGGAAGAGCUCCACUUUACCGGAAACUGUCUCAAGGGCUCAAGACCAGUCCUGUCCUUUGACGCAACCUUUGACAACGCCCCUCACCUCAAGCUCAUCAAGGAGCUGCUCACUCAGACUUUCGGUGUUCCCAAGGGCGCCAGAAAGACCAAGCCUUUCGUCGACCACGUCAUGGCUUUCACAGUAGCAGACAACAAAGUCUGGACCCGCGUCUACCAAAUCAACGAAACCGAAGCCGGCAAGACAUCCGCCAUCCCCGAACAAGGCCUCCCCAUGCCCUCAGCCACCGAAGUCACAACAAGCGCAAAGGGCAAAAAGGACUCCGAGACAAAGCUCAACUUGGUCGAGAUUGGUCCCCGUUUCGUCUUGACUCCCAUCAUUAUCCAAGAAGGCAGUUUUGGUGGCCCGAUCAUCUAUGAGAACAAGGAGUUCGUCUCGCCUAACCAGGUCAGACGCGAAGUCCGCGUUGCUCGUAGUGCCAAGUACAACAACCGUGCCGAAGCUACCAUUGAGCGCAAGGCCAAGAAGGGAGAUUUGGGUCUUACCACCUCUGGAGGCAGAACAAAGGAGAUUGACGAGCUGGACGAGAAGAUGUUGUUCGCAUAA